UCCCAGUAUACUACAGUACAAUCAUUAGGCUUGGAGCAGAGCCACACUGCAGCAACCACUGCGCACAAGCACAUUCUCGAGCAAUGGAGCAAGAGAGCAAGAUCGAGCCUGUGUUCCGAUAGAAAGCAAGAGCGCAAAGAUUGAUUGACCCUGCCGCCUGCGGAGGCCCUCGUUCCCCUCCGCCGGCACCUUCGGAUCGGAGGGACGAACCGCAACGCCGUUGUCUUUAGAUCGAGAUCGUAACCCCAUGCCCGGUGACCAUCAACAAGAGAAGAUUGAGUGAGCCAUGGAUCUGGCCAUGGGGGCCAUGAGCUCCCUCCUCGGCAAACUGGGCAAGGUUAUCAAGAAGGAGUACAAGCUACAGAAGGGAGUCAAGAAAAAGGUCAAGUCCUUCUCUGACGAGCUGGAUAUUAUGCACGCUGCCCUUGGCAAGGUGGCAGAGGUUCCGCGGGAUCAGCUCGAUGAGCAGAUCAAGCUUUGGGCUGCUGAUGUUAGGGAGCUGUCUUACGACAUGGAGGAUGUCGUUGACUCUCUCCUGGUGCGUGUUGAGGGCAGUGACCCCAGUGCUGAUCAGUCCAACUUCAAGAAGCUCAUGGACAAGAUGCUAAAGGUCUUUAAAAAGGGCAAGAGCAACCGUGAGAUUUCCACUGCAGUCGAAGAGAUCCAUGAGCGGUUGCAAGAUGUGGCCGAACGACAUGAAAGGUAUAGGCAUAGGCUUGCUAAUCUACCUGCAGCAAAAGUGACCACCACUGACCCUUUCUGGGAGGUUUUUUAUGGAGACAAGAAGAAUAUCAUCGGCCUAGAGAAAGCAAGGGACGAUAUUAUCGAGAAGAUCAGUGACGGCGACCGUGUGUCCAAGGCGCAUCUCAAGAUACUCUCAAUUGUUGGAUUUGGAGGAUUGGGCAAGACUACACUUGCAAGAGAAGUAUAUGAUGCCCUUCCAACAAAAUUUGAUUACAAAGCUUUUGUGUCUGUGUCUCGGAAUCCCGACAUGAAGAAAGUAUUAAGCAAUCUUCUCUUUAAACUUCACAACAGAAGACAUGCUAGACUGAAUGCAGCAAACUUGGAUGUAGAACAGCUCAUCGACCUAGUCCGAGAAUUGCUUAGCAAGAAAAGGUACUUUAUCAUUAUCGAUGAUCUAUGGGAUCAAGAAGCAUGGAGAACAAUCAGAUAUGCACUUCAGGAUCAUGAGUGUGGAAGUAUAAUAAUUACUACAACCCGCCAGGUUGAGGUCUCUAAAGACUGUUGCUCUUCUAAAGAGGAUAUGAUUCAUCAGAUGAAACAUCUCUCUGAUGAUGACUCCCAGAAACUUUUCUAUGGAAGAAUAUUUUCAAGUGAGGUGUGUCGCUCUGGAUUCGAGGACGUAUCUGCAAAGAUCUUGAAGAAGUGUGCCGGGGUACCAUUAGCCAUCAUCAGUCUGGCAAGUUAUUUGGCUAAUAAUCAGAAGAACAACCAAAUUGACCAAUGGUAUGUUUUGCUGAACUCUAUUGGCCGUGGACUUGAAAAAGGUGAUGAUCACGUAAAGGAGAUGAAGAGGAUAUUGUCAUUGAGCUUUUAUGCCCUCCCUUCUCAUUUGAAGACUUGCUUUUUAUAUCUAAGUAUCUUUCCAGAAGAUCAUCAAAUUAGCAGAGAUCGAUUGAUAAGAAGAUGGAUUUGUGAAGGUUUUAUCCAAGUAAAAGAUGAAACUGAUAGCCUGCUUGAGCUUGGAGAUAGCUACUUCAACGAGCUAGUAAACAGAAACAUGAUCAUGCCGAUAAACAUACAUGCUGAUGGUAGGGUUGAAGCUUGUUGCGUACAUGAUAUCAUGCUGGAUCUUAUAUUUGAAUUAGCAAGUGGAGAAAACUUUGUGACUAUACUGGAUGUUAUCAAGGGAAGCGCACCUUUGGAAAAGAAGUUCCGCAGAUUGUCCCUCCAGAAGAGCAUGACAGAUCUCACCAAUGCUCAGAUGGCUACCACAAGCAUGUCACAAGUGAGGUCUUUUACGUCUUUUAGUCCUGCUGUUAGUAAGAUCCCCCCUCUCACUAUAUUUCAACUUUUACGUGUAUUGGAUCUGGAAGGUUGUGAUCUUCGAAAAAGCCCUGGCGUUGAUCUUAGGCAUGUUGGGAAGUUGUUACAUUUGAGAUACCUAGGGUUAAGAGGCACAAAGGUUGGGAAGCUCCCGAUGGAAAUAGGAAAGCUACAGUUUUUGCAGACACUAGACUUGCAAUGGACCAAUUCAAAAGAAUUGCCGUCCAGUGUUGCUCAGCUGAGGCAUUUGAUGUGCCUUAUCCUUGAUUUAGGUAUGCCACUACCAAACGGGUUCAGCAACCUGAAAUGCCUUGAACAGCUGACGGGACAUGGAGUGGGCAUUUUUACUGAAGACAGCGCAAAAGAGCUGGGCUAUCUGAUCGGGCUAAGGGAGCUCGCCUUUCAUUGGAAUGUACAAUGGCGUACGGGCUAUCUGAGAACAGUUAAAGCUUUGUUUGAGUCCCUAAGCAAUCUGCACAAACUCGAGAGUCUAGAGAUCUCUGCUAUUCCUUGGGUUGUUAACCUUAUGCUGGAGCUGGAUUGGGUGCCGUUUCCAAACCUCCGCAGGCUUAAAUUAGAAGGACAUUUCUCGAGCUUGCCUACAUGGAUUUGUUCUUCAUCACUUCCCCUACUUUCCUACCUUGAUCUAACAACCUCGGGGGAAGUGCAAUCCGGGGCUAUUGAGAUCCUUGGAAUGCUGCCGGCUCUCCGUUAUGUCAACUUCAGCGUAUCCAUGUUCAGGGUACAAAAUACAUUGGAAAAUUUGGUGCUUAGUUCUGGUGCCUUCCCCAACGCAAGAGUGUGCCUUUUCCACAAUAUUUUACUGCUGCACCCUACAAUCCAACCAGGAGCUAUGCCAAUGGUUCAACGCCUUCGCUUCGGUCUCGGAGUGUAUGACAUGCUCAGGCCUGACUUUGAUUUGAGCAUAAGGAACCUUCCUUCGCUCAAGCAACUCAGAAUUGACCUUUACGAUAGUGGAGUCAAACAUGAUUAUUACCGAGCCGUGGACAUGCUGAGGCGUCUGGCAGACGACCAUCCCAAAAAUCCCACCCUUCGUGCUGAUAAAUUCAACGGAUGAUGGAGAGGCCGAGUUGAGUCGAGCCAAGCGAUGACCAAAAUCCUGUGUCCUGAAGCUAGCAGGAGGUGACUUCGUCGGCGGCAUCGACUCUAUCGUGCAAGUCUGCAUCUUCCUGGCCCCAGUUCCAUGUUUCAGAGUAUCUGCAUCUUCAAUUCAUGUUCUUUCUAUGUCAUCAAGAUGAACUUCUGUGUGCUUUUGCAUGUACUGUUUAUUUGCUGAACCUUGUUUGCUCAGUGUGUAAUAAGGCUAGUUUGGUGGUGCGCCAGGUUUUUUGUCCCGUAGGUUAUGUUCCCAGCGAAUGUAACUAGAGGGUUUUCCUGGUGUGCGUCGAACUCAGCGAACCUAUUUCCCUUUCUAUUGUUGUGUUGAAUACUGUCUACAUUCUUCUAAGAUAAAAUUGCGUGAUCCUCUGUUAUGUUCUUGCUUUCCUCGGUU